AUGUUUACCUCGACGUUGCGGCCUCUGUUCCCUCGGCCACUAAAUCGCGUGACGCUGGUUGGCGCGUUGCAUGAUGUGCACAUGGGGUUUCUUGAUCAGACGAGCGUUUAUCAGUUCACUCUAACGUCUUCACUGCUCGAGCCUCACAACAGGGUUGGUGGGGCGGCGGCCAAAAACACCGUGGCGCCCGCACCGCAGCUUGUGAAGGAGCACUACACCGUCCGCUGCUUGGGCGACGAGGCGUACACGGAGGCCCUAAAAAGCAUACUAGAGGAGGGCUCUGUUGUGCGGGUGAUUGGGCGGCUGAAAACAUUCGAGGUGGCGGAGGGUGGGAAAAAACAAUUGUUUCCAACCAUCCUUGUGGAACAGGGGCGGUGGAGCAUCGUGGCGCUGCUGCACUCACCCAGAAAACAGCGUCGGGAUUGGCAACUUCAGGCAGCUCUCACGGAGACUUUGCAUUCAAAAUAG